UCCCGGCUGCCGGAGCCCUCGCGGCCCUGGGGAGAUGGCGGAGCUGGACAUCGGGCAGCACUGUCAGGUCGAGCACUGCCGGCAGCGAGAUUUUCUUCCAUUUGUAUGUGAUGGCUGUUCAGGAAUAUUUUGCCUUGAACACAGAAGCAAGGAAUCUCAUGGCUGUCCGGAGGUCACCGUAAUCAAUGACAGACUGAAGACAGAUACACACAAAUCUUUCCCAUGCUCGUUCAAGGACUGUACUGAAAGAGAGCUUGUGGCAGUUUUAUGUCCUUAUUGUGAGAAGAAUUUUUGCCUAAGGCACCGUCAUCAGUCAGAUCAUGAGUGUGAAAAACUAGAAAUACCAAAGCCUCGCAUGGCUGCCACUCAGAAACUUGUUAAAGACAUUAUCGAUUCCAAGACAGGAGAGACAGCAAGUAAACGACGGAAAGGUGCAAAAAAUAGUGAAACAGCUGCAAAGGUUGCGUUGAUGAAAUUAAAGAUGCAUGCUGAUGGGGAUAAGUCAUUGCCACAGACAGAAAGAAUUUAUUUUCAGGUUUUCUUACCUAAGGGGAGUAAAGAGAAGAGCAAGCCAAUGUUCUUUUGCCAUCGGUGGAGCAUUGGAAAGGUCAUAGACUUUGCAGCCUCUCUAGCCAGUCUGAAAAAUGACAAUAACAAAUUAACAGCUAAGAAAUUAAGGUUAUGUCACAUUACUUCUGGAGAAGCCUUACCCUUGGAUCAUAGUUUGGAAACUUGGAUUGCUAAGGAGGAUUGCCCCUUAUAUAAUGGUGGAAAUAUUAUUUUGGAAUAUCUUAAUGAUGAAGAGCAGUUUUUAAAAAAUGUUGAUUCUUACUUGGAGUAGUCAUUCAAGGAUUCAAGCCAGAAAUCACAAGGAAAAUUUUAUGUACAUGUUUAAAUCAAUCUCUUGUAUUAAAAGUAUGAAUUUUUAGUUGCUUUUUAAUUUAUUUCCAUUAUGUCAUAGUUUACAUUAUCAGUUUUCUAUUAAAUUUUCAGUUUUUGUUUUAUAGUUUGUACUGAUACACACUUACUGGAGAAUUUUUGUAUUUAAUUAAUUCUAUUUAUUAGGGUAUGCUGUUAAAACAACAAUAAAGAUCUGUGUCUUGUUUA